CUUUUAAUUCACUUGCUGAAGAUAUUUACACAGUAACAUUCCAGUGAACCCAGUAAAUUUAAAGGCACACGGGAAACAAAACCAGGAAGAUUUCAAGGGACGGCGGCCAACAGAAGCAGUGAGUUUAAAGGGAGUGUAGGAACCAGAACCCCAGUGAGUGGAGGGGAGAGCAGGAAUCAGGGAUCAGUUAAUGGUUGGAGAGCACUGGAACCAGGCCCCAGGCAAGCAGUUGGGGACCACGGAAACAGAGGCCUUGGUGAAUUGGGGAGCACUGGAACCAGUGCCCCAGGCGCGUGGCUGGGGAGCACGGCAACAGAGACCUCAGUGAACUGGGGACCAUUGGAACCAAGCCCCAGGCAAGCAGUUGGGGACCACAGAAACAGAGGCCUUGGUGAAUUGGGGACCACUGGAACCAGUGCUCCAGGCGCGUGGCUGGGGAGCACGGGAACUGAGGGCCAGGCAAGUGGAAAUUGCAAACAUCACGAUGUGAGCCAAAUGCUGAAUCAUAGGGAUUGCCGAAUGAUCAGAUAGCAGAGUAUCAGGAUUUUACUUCAAAACAAAUCGUUAUUGUUGAAGGCAUACUGGUGCUAAGGACUACGCAAAUACAAGAUGCUGCUCUGUGACAAUGCGGCAAGAGGCAUUCAAAUCAGCUGAAACAAUUUAAUGCAAAUAGUUUGAUAGUCUGGUCUCAACGAUCGCAUUUACAACGUGUCCUUCUUUGCAGUAAAAUGUACUUUGCAGCGGAGUUGAGUCCGGCAGCUCCGCCCUCCCGGGACGUCACCGGGCGGUGGAUGUGCAGACUCGCACGCGACCAAUGGAAACCGCAGUCUGCGCGGCGAUUGGACGGGCGCGAAAUCACAACGCUCCUGGUUGGUCCAGAACCUGGUCCGGGACGUGCGGCUGCUGAUUGGCCGAGUGCGAACAGGCCGGAUUCCCAUUGGUCAGUUGAUGACGAGGAAGCCAAUUGUUUGAAAACAAAGUGAUGUUCGCUACUCCUGUCUCCGUUCAUGCAGGUGAUUGAAGUUGGCGAACAUGGCGUCCGAAUCAGGAAUGCCCAAUCCCAGUUCUCGGAUAUUGACUUUUUAUCCCACGAUGGAAGAAUUCAAAAACUUCAGCCGUUACAUUGCAUAUAUAGAAACACAAGGUGCCCAUCGUGCUGGGCUUGCAAAGGUUGUCCCUCCAAAAGAAUGGAAGCCUUGUAAGAGUUAUGAUGACAUUGACGAUCUGGUGAUACCAGCCCCUAUUCAACAGGUGGUAACGGGCCAGUCAGGCCUCUUCACACAGUACAAUAUUCAAAAGAAGCCAAUCACUGUGCGAGAAUUUCGAAAAAUAGCUAACAGCGACAAAUACUGCACCCCUCGGUAUACAGACUUCGAUGAUCUGGAGCGCAAGUAUUGGAAAAAUCUCACAUUCAACCCACCGAUCUACGGUGCAGAUGUCAAUGGUACAUUAUACGAUGAGGGUGUGAAUGAAUGGAAUAUUGGGCACUUAAACACCAUCCUGGAUGUAGUAGAAAAAGAGAGUGGCAUCACAAUUGAAGGUGUCAAUACUCCGUACCUUUACUUUGGAAUGUGGAAAACCACCUUUGCUUGGCACACAGAGGACAUGGAUCUCUACAGCAUUAACUACUUGCACUUUGGUGAACCGAAGUCCUGGUACACUGUUCCUCCAGAACAUGGAAAGCGACUGGAACGCCUGGCUAAAGGCUUUUUCCCAGGAAGUGCACAAAGCUGUGAAGCUUUUCUACGCCAUAAGAUGACUCUGAUAUCUCCUUCUAUACUCAAGAAAUACGGAAUUCCAUUUGACAGGGUGACCCAGGAGGCAGGAGAUUUCAUGAUCACCUUCCCCUACGGUUAUCAUGCGGGCUUUAAUCAUGGGUUUAACUGUGCUGAAUCUACAAACUUUGCAUCGCUUCGAUGGAUAGAGUAUGGGAAGCAUGCUGUCCUGUGCUCAUGCAGGAAGGAUAUGGUAAAAAUUUCGAUGGAUGUUUUUGUGCGCAAGUUUCAGCCUGAACGAUACAAGUUGUGGAAAUUGGGUAAAGAUACAACUUUUGUUGACCACACACAAGCCACUCGAGAAGCAGUUGAAUUUUAUGAGGAAUUAAAGACUGCAUCCGCGAAGAGUUUGGAAGACCAGGAUGCUGAUGCAGCUGAAGUGGAAAUGAAUAAAGCGGAGAAAAAAGUGUGCAUUGCACAAAGAGACAUUGCUGAAACCAAAAGCCCAAUAAAACAUCGAAUAGGAACAAAGAGACACAAGGUUUGUCUGGAGUUGCCACAGGAGAUGAAUGAAAAUGCUACAAUCCUCAAAGAGGGUGAUGACAUUAAUCCUCUUCCACAAAGUGACUGUGAAGAGUCUAAAGGAAAGCUGCAAAAGGAAGAGGGGUGCUGUAAAUUCAAAACUGGUGAUGCCAGUCCUAAUAUUUCAGAAUCUGCCACAGUCAGGGUUGAAAACGCUCCACAAGAAGAGAAGCUGAGACUGAAGCCCACUAUGUCCACCUCAGCAGACACUGCUGUCACUGUGUUAAACUUCUCUGUGGCGACUCAUUCCCAAAAUACUUCCACUUCAUCCGUGAAAUCCUCGGACUCCAGCUCAUCUGAUUCCGAGACUACAAGCACUCUGAGCUCAAGUCAAGAGAGUGCUGCCGAAGACUCUGACAAUAGUCCAGAUUGGGGUGAACCGGUUAAGACAAAUGUUGGAACUAGCCUCAAUGAACAGGACCUUGCAGAGAUGGCAGAGCAAUAUAUGAAAGAAAUGAAAUCCAAGAAGAAGGCAAAAAGUCGGCGUCAGCCUCUCAGUAAACCACCACGGCACCAUCCCCUAUCUGUGGUAAAGGACUGCGUCAGUGAUGAAGAAAUGCCAGACCUGUUGGCAGUAGAAGAUGACCCAAUGGAGUCAGAACCUUGGGCUAAACCACUCGCUCAUCUUUGGCAAAAUCGCCCCCAGAACUUUCUUGCAGAACGAGAAUACAACAGUACAAUGGCACAGCUAAUACCAUACUGUUCCAUUUGUGCACUCUUCCAGUUAAACCAGGUAGACUGUAAGGAGGGUCAUACUUUCAGAAACAAAAACCAACAAUUGGAUGCAGGCAGACUCAGAAACAAAAUUAAAAGUAAGCCUUUGGUUCCAGAGAUGUGCUUCACAUCUGGAAGUGACCAUGUUGAUCUCAGCCUUCCCACCUCUUACAUCGAGGAAGAUGGAACGAGCACCCUGGUUACGUGUGCAAAGUGCUGUGUUUGUGUUCAUGCAAGCUGUUAUGGAGUUGCUCCUGAAAAAGUAACUGAUGAUUGGAUUUGUGCAAGAUGUUCUGCUAAUGCUUUAUCAGAAGAUUGUUGUCUUUGUACCCUUCGGGGAGGAGCGCUUCAGAAAACCACCGAUAACAGAUGGGUUCACCUAAUGUGUGCUGUUGCAGUGCAGGAGGUUCGGUUUGUGAAUGUUGCAGAACGCCGCCCUGUGGAUGUCAGCCCAAUACCACCACUUCGCUGGAAGCUGAAAUGCUUCUAUUGUAAGAAGAGAAUGAAGAAGACUGGUGGUUGCUGUGUUCAGUGCUCCCAUGGUCGUUGCCCCACUUCUUUUCAUGUGACCUGCGCCCAAGCUGCUGGAGUCAUCAUGCAACCUGAUGAUUGGCCAUUUGUAGUCUUCAUCACCUGCUGUAGGCAUAAGACACCCAGCCAAGCAGAGCGUUCUAAAUCAGCUUUGAAUGAGAUUGAAGUUGGACAGAAGGUAAUCUCCAAGCACAAGAAUGGGCGCUUUUACCAAUGUGAGGUAGUUGGAUUGAGUAAAGAAACCUUCUAUGAAGUGAAUUUUGAUGAUGGUUCCUUCAGUGACAACUUGUAUCCAGAGGACAUUGUGAGUCGUGACUGUCUUCGUUUGGGACCCCCUGCGGAAGGAGAGGUGGUACAAGUCAGAUGGACUGACGGACUUGUAUAUGGAGCCCAAUUCGUAGCAUCACAUGUUAUACAGCUCUAUCAGGUGGAAUUUGAAGAUGCUUCUCAAUUAAUGGUGAAAAGGGAGGAUGUAUACACUCUAAAUGAGGAACUUCCCAAAAAAGUCAAGUCCAGACUAUCUGUGGCAUCAGACAUGCGAUUCACUGGAAUUUUUGCAGAAGAAGAGGUUGCUCAUGUGUCAAAGCGACAACGGGUUUUGAACUCCAGGUAUCGUGGGGAUUAUGUUGAGCCUUCUCUGUACCGUACAAUUAUGGAGUAAUUCAGAAAUUGUUCAGAACUUCAUCUAUGGAAACCAAUUGGGACAAUCUGGUUUUCACACCUGGUUGUAUUGUAGAUAUGUGAAUGCAGCUGAGUUCUAAUUUCUCUGGCAACAAGGCUACUCUGCAUUACUGAAUGUGCCUCAAUAACAACACUCCCUUGGAACUUGAGUAUCAAAUAUCUUGGGAUUUCAGCAAAGCUGUUUCUGCGCAUUCUUUGGUCUUGCUUCGGACUCCUGCAUUGUACAGUGCAGACUGAUCUGGAUCAAGAAAUGUCUUUAAUUGAGGCUUCAGUGGCUAGUAGUAGUAUUAUGAAGAAUGUCUUUGGGUUAAAUUUCAACACUAACAUCCAUGUUCAGAAAGAGAAAAGCAUUUACCUUUUUAAUAUUGCAGAUUGCUAUUUGCUUAAUUUUGUUAACAUCUGUAUUGACUAUCAAAUGAAAUUUGUUGCCCACCUAGUCUCUGAUACACAUGUACAGUAAAGGCUGAUGCAUAGCUGUUUCACCAUAGCCAUGUAACCAAUCCCUCUGUGCAAGCUAUGAUGAGUUCUAGAAGAUGUGAAUACAUUUUGACUAUAUUUAGCCCAAAACUAGGGUCAUGAUCGGUGCUUGGAGUUAAAACUCUUAUCUGUAUUUAUAGGGAAGCCUAAAAUUAUAGGUUGACUGGUGAUUUAGACACUUUUUAAAAACAUUUCCCUCCUAAAUGUAGCAGUUUAUUUCAGUGUUCACCAUGGCAGUAAAUAGAAAGUUGAGUCCUUGAAUGGGAAAGUAUUGAUAAAGUAGCAAAUGAAUUCUAGAAGGCCAAUGUGUAUUUUUUAAAAAAAAAGCUGGUUUCAUUUCCACAUCUCUCAAAUACCACCACCCAUCCCAUCCCUACCUGCCCAUUUUAUGACUUUUUAAAGAUAUUGUUCAUCUUAUGUGAACACUUGUGUACUGGACUUCUGUGCAGUUUUAAUCUGUACUACAAAUUAUAUUUGUUUAUUCAAUUAUUAAUUUUUAUUGGAAUAUUCAUACUUAGUUACAUUGUAAAAUGUUCUUGAUUUGUUUUGUUGGUUUGGUGUAGACUGUUGGGACUGAUGUUGAACAAUGCACACAGGAUUGCAAAUUUAUGUUUAGAUCAUCAUAGACUUAUAAUGUGGGUGAGAUUGGUUGCAUAAUCAAAACUGGUAUUCAAAGUCUGAACCAAAUGAUGCAACAGACCAUUUAUUUUUGGGUUCUACAUGUUUGAAGUUGCAUCAAUACCAUCUGUUAUUGUGAUAACUUAAAAGAACAGUAAAAGCAUGCUAAAUUUAAAUGUUGAACUUAACUGUAAAAGGAAAACAUAAUUAAAUGAUUGUGUUUAUGUUGAUUGUAUGUAUGCUGAGAAGCUCUCCUUCCUGAUGGUAAAGAGUGCAGUAAUAAGAAGCUGAGCUGCUCCCUUAAAGAAUUGGAAAACCCUUUGAAAGCCUUUGUUUCUGGCAACUUGGAAGUGUUUGUAUUUAAAGUUUAAUUGAGGAUAAAUAAAUGGUGAUUUCAACUAUUUUUAUUAGUUAGCAAGUCCACUUGUCUUCUCUAGAGACCAAUUUUAGAAAAUAGCCAUUUAAACUAUUUAUUCCAGUAUUGUGUUAUUGGCCUGGUUUGCCUUAAUUUCUCAAUUUUGAUUUUUAAAAAAAUCACUUUUGGUGGAGGGGGGUGGGAAAUGAAGAGUCUCUGAUAUAGUUUAAGGGAGGUGAAUUGUCUCGAGAAAUCCUCUUUGGAAAUGUUGAGGUGACAGGAUGUAGAUUUUCUUCAAAGCACCUUGGUUGCUGCACUUUUUGUUUUGUUCCAAUUGAGAAUCCUGUUUUUAAAUUUGCAAUGAGUUGACAGCUGUAGAAACACUUUAAUGUUUUCUGUAGUGUUUAUCACUUCCAUCAAUGAGAGUUCAGCUUUGUAGUUUCCAGUUUAUUGGAACCCUAACAAAUUUCUUGUCAUUUGAUACCAUUUAUAAUAGGUAAUCAUCCAAUAUUGGCUAGAACAUGAAAAUAUACAUUUAAUAAAAUGUCAACUUUCUAGUGCAAUUGGUCCUUUUAUGAAAUAAUGUUCAGUAAUUUUUAAUGCAAUUUUAUUUGCCUUUUCUCUUCAAAGAAAUUAAACUUGACCAAACCCUGUUCAAGGCCUGGUCAAUAGAGUAUUUGCAGCCCAUUUGAUCCAUCAAGAGCUCUACUUCUAAAGCACUUGCAUGUUUUAUUCUGUUAUGGACUUCUGUCUAGUAAUACCUGCUAAUUGUCACUUUAAGGAUAUGGAGUUGGGCACUGUGGGUAAAUGUAGAUAAUAACUCUAUUUUAAAUUCUCCUUUCUAACAUGUAUUGAUCUGUCUAAUUUAUGUUUUAAAAGUGCUAGUUGAUUGCAAGACCGCCAACUUCUCUGGGAGUCUUUUCUGUACACCAGUUAUGGGGCAAAAUCUAAUAUCUGACUUGUGAAAAUUGAGCAUACUUUAAUCCAAUCCUCCCAGUAAUUAGCUGUGUUUUUUUAAAAAAAUUUAAAUGGGUUGUUUAUUUCAAUCUUGUAACUUGGAUUUUUUUCCCCCAAAAUAUUGUCAUUUGUGUUGCAUUCUCCAAACACUCUCUAUGAUACUGAGCCUUGUCAUCAAAGAAUUUAGACAGAAAGAAAGAAAAAUUGUAUAUAUUUCUCAAUUUGGCAUUUUAUUUUAAGUGGUCGUCAUCUUUUUAUUCUCCCGCUGGUGCUAAAGGAGUUAAACAGAACUCUUUAAAGCAUUGCAGAAAAAGGUGGGUACGUUGCUUGUCUGGUUUUCAAAUAAUUUAAUGUACUAUUGCUUAACUAAAAAUAUUAUUCAAUUGUUAAAAAUUGCAACCUCCCAGGAAAGGGGGAGAAAGAAUAUCCAUCUAAAAUUUCAUGGCAUCUUGCCCCUUAAUGAAAUAAUUGAACAUUUCUUUAAACCAUUGUGUCUCAUCUGAGAGACCUGCAGUCUACACUACAACCAUCUCAGGAGUCUGUACAGUAAUUGAUUGUAUUGAUCUAUAAAAAUGACUGUAUUAGUUUAAGCAGACAUGAAGUUUAAAUGGCUUGCUGUGAUUGUUUAGGAAAAUAAGAACACAUUGAAAUGAUUUACAGUCAAUAAAUGUCUUUUUUGUCUUUGA